AUGAUCGCCACCGGGGGCCUACUGAGGAUUUCCGCCAGAAAACAGGAUCCCCUCCGCCCCCCGAACCAGGUUCCCAAGCGCAAGCGGAAAGCCAAGAAGAGGCGCAAGAACGACGUGGUGGUGGUGAAAGGCAAGCUGAAGCUAUGCUCCAUUUCUGGGCUCAUCGCCCUUUGCGGGAUCCUGGUGCUGCUGGUGGGCAUAGCCUUGGCAGUGGUCGGCUAUUGGCCCAAGGCCAAUGGGGCCAAUAAGGAGGGGGGUAAGCAGCUGCCGCCUGCGAGCAGAGGCCACCAAGUCUCAACCACGGGUAAUAACAGCAGCAGCGGCCCCAAAAAGCAGGGCCACCUGGGUUCUGUGGGGGGUGUCAACUCCAGUUCCGUGGGCGCGCCCAGGAGCACACCUCCAGCACGUUCCACUGCCCCUUCGCCGUCCUCUGCGUCUGUGGGCUUCUUCUUCCGAAUCUUCUCCGGCUACCUGCACUCUGACAAGCUCAAGGUCUUCGGGCCCCUCAUUAUGGGUAUUGGCAUCUUCCUCUUCAUCUGCGCCAACGCGGUGCUCCACGAGAACCGAGACAAGAAGACCAAGAUCAUCAACCUGCGGGACCUCUACUCCACGGUCAUCGACGUGCACAGCCUCCGGGCUAAAGACCUGGCCGCUGCCGCGGCCGCAGCCGCCGCGGCCUCCUCGUCCUCGGUGCCCACCUCGGCGCCCUCCGGGGCAGCACCACUUAACGGAUUCCUCAGCUAUGUGCAGUCGCGGGGCCUGGAACUGAAGCCUGGGAGCUGCAGCGGCACUGGGGACGCCUUCGGGGCAGCGGCGAUGCUAGCCAGGGGCUCAUGGCCCCACCCCACAGCGCUGGGCGGGGGCGGCGGCGUCGCCAGGGGCUCCGUGUCUCCGCCAGACCUGGCCUCAUCCCCCCGCAGCCCGCGGGAGCCCCCGAGCCUGGCGGAGGCCGUGUACAGCAUCUACCGCGAACGUUCGUGCGUGCCUGGCCGUCGCCGGCCUGCUGCCACCGCCACUGUGGCCGCUGCUGCCACCGCCACCGCGGCCGCCAGCAGCAGCAGCAGCCCGGCACCCUGCAGCCCACCUGAGAGCUGGGGGCGCCAGAGCACCGCCAGCUCCCUCGUGGACUCUUCGUUGAGCGCCUUUGCACUGUUACCCUUGCAAGGGGACCGCGACGGGGAUGUGGAAACGAAGGGCGCAAGCUGCAGCUGGCGGAGACUGCCUGGGGAACGCGGCUCCCAGGAGAUCCCGAGGGCUGAGCUCGACCUGAGUUUGACCGACCUCCGCGGUAACCUCAGUGGCGCGCGCUGGGCGCCCGGAGAGCUAGAGGAGCCCAGGGACGCGGCGGCAACGCACACCGCCAGGGGGCAGGGCGGCCCGCUGCCCAGGACCGGCAAGUACAGCGCUCUGAGGCGCCGUAGCACCAGCGGGCUCCCGGACUACCGGGCGUCGCUGUCCCCGGAGCCCCCGCCCUCCUCGCGCAGCGUGGACCUGGACUCGAACCUGCCAGCCAAAGCUGCCUCCCCUUCGCCCCCGCUGCGACUGGAGGGCUCGCCCCCCGCCAGGCUGGGUUCGCCGAGCUCCCACUCCGGUGACCCAUCUUGCAGUAAUAAGGGCUACACCCCGCUGCGGGAGGCCGGCACCUCCUUGGAGUCGGUUGUGGACGAAGUAGACAGUAAAAGUCAAGACUUUGAGUCUACUAUCGCCCAGGGUGCGGAGGAGCAGAGUCGUCCAGAGAGCCCCCUGGAAGAUCCCAGCCGAGGGCCUCCCAAGGCCCAGUCACCUCAGCCAGUGCAGAGGCAGUUUACAAAUAAGGAGAAACUCUUCAUGAUUUCCCGGUCUCACGCCUUAGGGGUAGAGGACAGAGAGCUGGAAAGUACUGGCACUUAG